UCGUCGUCUAGGCGACGUGUUAAACCGUGUCCAUUCCUUGUUAUCGCCUGUGGUCUUUUAGGCCAAUUUGAAUGAUUGAGUGGAGGGGUAAAAAAAAGAUGUUGCAUCAGAAUGUAUUUUGAUAUGGGGAUAUAAUCUGUUGCGAUGAACACUGGGGAUUCAUGUGUGAAAAAACGGGUGGCCUAGCCUCACCUUUCAAGCGCGUCAACCCCGAGGGAGUCCCACCUUCCAAAAACACGGACGAGGAAAUCACGCUACUAGCUUGCCAUCCAGCAGCCGAUUGAAGCGCGCACUCGACGUUUGGACACCCUUCUGCUCUUUUUUGCCACCGCUCUUUUGAAGAUUUGAGAAAAUAUCAAGAAUAAGCGGGGAAACCAUCACCACCACCACAUUCAUAAAGGGGCGUUACGGAGAGAGUCGGACAAAGUGUAACAUAAGUGAUGAUGAAAGACCGCACGCAAGAACUUCGACAGGGGAAGGAGACUGAGGAGGAAGAGGAGGUGGCUGUGGGCAUGGACAAAGGCUUCAUGGAUGAAUUCUUUGAGCAGGUGGAGGAGAUCCGUGUCUUCAUUGAGUCCCUGGCUGAGAAGGUGGAGGAGGUGAAGAGGAAACACAGUGCCAUCCUGGCUGCACCCAACCCCGACGAGAAGACGAAGGGGGACCUGGAAGUUCUGAUGACAGACAUUAAGAAGUUGGCCAAUAAAGUUCGCUCCAAACUAAAGAGUAUCCAACAGACCAUUGAGCAGGAGGAGAGUCAGAACAAGUCUUCAGCUGACCUGAGGAUACGCAAGACACAGCACUCCACUCUGUCCCGUAAGUUUGUGGAGGUGAUGUCAGAGUACAACGCCACCCAGUCAGACUACAGGGAGCGCUGCAAGGGACGUAUUCAGAGACAGCUGGAGAUCACUGGGAGGAAUACAACAAACGAGGAGCUGGAGAGCAUGUUAGAGAGCGACAACCCAGCGAUCUUCACCUCAGGGAUCGUCAUGGACUCCAACAUCACCCAGCAGGCGAUGAACGAGAUCGAGACUCGUCACACUGAGAUCAUCAAGCUGGAGAACAGCAUCCGUGAGCUACAUGACAUGUUCAUGGACAUGGCCAUGCUGGUGGAGAGCCAGGGGGAGAUGAUAGACCGUAUAGAGUACAAUGUGGAGCAUUCAGUGGACUAUGUGGAGAGGGCCGUGUCAGACACUAAGAAGGCUGUUAAAUACCAGAGUAAAGCCCGGCGGAAGAAAAUUCUGAUCAUUAUUUGCUGUGUAAUUCUGGGAAUCGUCAUUGCUUCUACAAUUGGAGGAUACUUAGGUAUAGCCUGAGACACACACUGAAGGUCAUGUCAGGAGCCACACACACACACACACACACACACACACACACACACAUACAGGUCCACCAGUGGGCCCAUUUUCCCUGAAUACAACACACCCCCACACACACACACACACACAUACACACACAUACAGGUCCACCAGUGGGCCCAUUUUCCCUGAAUACAACACACCCCCACACACACACACACACACAUACACACACAUACAGGUCCACCAGUGGGCCCAUUUUCCCUGAAUACAACACACCCCCACACACACGCCCACACACACACACACACAUACAGGUCCACCAGUGGGUCCGUUUCCCCUGAAUACAACACACACACACCCACACACACGCACACACACACACACACAUACAGGUCCACCAGUGGGCCCAUUUCCCCUGAAUACAACAUCCUGUGUUCCUCAGCACAAAGCUCAUUGUGAUCAAUUAAACACACUCCGUGUACAGGACAAAGAUUGUCAUUUCUGCAUGACUUCCUUCUUUGUAAAUGUGUGUGUUUCUGUAAAGUGUUUAUCUGAGUGUUGUGAAAGAUUUUGAAAUGUUUCUAAAAUGUAUUUUUUUAACGGGGCGGUGAGGGGGGGGGGGGGGGGGGUGUAAGAAACUACUGUUAUACAUACUAACACAUUCCAAACGUCCAAAUGUUGUGUUGACUCAGUUUUGAAACGCUUAUGUAUCCUAACAACCCACCUCAUUUCAGACUUUUCUUGACACGGUUAUUUUGAAUAUAAUCAAUAUAUAUAAUCAAUGAAUGGUUAUAACCCAGGAUCUGACGUCUUCCCCCCCCCC